AUGCUAAACGUGGAGCCAUCGUUGCCUGAUCAGGUCCGUAGGGAAGCUGCCCGCCAUAAUCAGCAGACCCGGCAGGACGGAGUCACUGAAGUGACCUCCCCAGGACAGCUCAAGUCUCAAGAGGUGAAUGAGAGGUACGCUGUACUGGCUGAUCAGGAGAAGGAUACACCGGGGUUGCUGCCGUGGUGGUUUGUCUAUAUUGGUUUUAUCCUUGUGUUUGUGACCACCAACACCGCCGCGUUUUUCGUCAUGCUGUACACGUUUGAGUUCGGGCGGGAGAAGACAGAAGCCUGGCUGCUCAUCUUCCUGACGUCAUUCCUCUCCGACCUCAUCCUCAUCCAGCCAGUCAAGAUCCUCGCCAUGGCGGCGAUGUUCGCCGUGUGUUUCAAGAAAGCGAAUAAAGGCGAGGAAGGGAAGCGGUGCGAUCUAAAGCAGUGUGAGGAUAUUGCUAAAGAUCAAAAGCAGAUUCCCCCCGUCCCUGACCCAGCCGGUUCCCCGGACCUAGCUCAGGCCCGGAUGGUCGCUAUCAGGCGCAGGAAGCUCGGGACAAUACUGAAGGAAGUGGCUGUUUACGCCCUUUUCCUAGCCGUGGUCAUGCUCGCUGCGUACGGACAGAAGAAUCACAUGGCAUUUCAUAUGUCGAACGAGGUUCAGCGACUCGUAGUACACAACGAGGACAUGAAUUUUGAAGAGGUGAGUGAUGCAGACUCCUACUGGACCUGGCUGGAAGAUGCAGCCCUCCCAAGUCUGUACCCAGACGCCUCUCCAGCCGUCCCGGACCUGCCUGUCUACCGUGUUGGACCGGUGCGGCUCCGCCAGGCUAGAGUCAGGCUGGAUCCUGUCUGCCUGACAACAGUGUCACCAGGAAACCAGACAUCAGAGUGUGAUAGACGUUAUGACUUCUUCAGUCAGGACGAAGGGAACUACGGAGAAGGCUGGUUGCCGCUGCCCACAGUCAACAUCACCGCUUUCAACGGGACCAACGGCACCGCAGUGAUACCCGGCCAGAACAGCACAAGUCCGUGGAGGUUCCGGUCGUCUGACGACUUACAAGAAUUGCCCUAUGCGGGAGACCACAACGUGUAUUUUGGCGGAGGCUACGUUGCCGACAUGUCCGACAACUCGUCAAAGACGAUGACAACAAUCCAAGCUUUGAAGAUCCAUGGCUGGAUCGAUAGAGCUACCCGAGCUGUCUUCACCGACGUGACCCUGUACUCGCCUGACUCCAACCUGUUCUCCAUCGUGACCCUCCUGGUGGAGUUCACGGCUAUCGGGGCCGGCUUCCCUCGCUGGGAGGUCCACACGGUUUGCCUCUACCGCUUCCACGGCGGCUGGGAGGUCUGGAUGGCGCUUGUGUACAUCUCUGCUCUCGCCGUUUUCACUUUGGUCUUCGCCAUUAGAGAAGUGAGGAAAGCUUACAACAGUGGAGUCCUGUACAUCAUGGACUUCUGGAACUGGGUGGAACUGAUCAUCAUCCUGCAGGCCCUGGCGGGAGUCGCCACCUUCUUCUACUCUGAGGCUGUUCUAGAAGACGUGGCAAACACAAGGGAAGAUGGCGUUGUGGCUAGCUUUGAUGAGAACUCUGGUCUCUCGGGAAGGUUCGUGAACUAUAGACGCGCGGCGGUCUGGGACCAGGUCUACACUUACGUCAUCGCCACCCUGCUGUGCAGCGUCACUCUCAAGAUGACGCACCUGCUGCGCUUCAACCAUCGCGCGUCUCUCCUCAUCCACACCCUCAAGCGCAGCGUCGGGCCGCUCUCAGGCUUUUCCGCCAUGUUCUUCCUCUACUUCUUCGCCUUCGCCAUUCUGCUCCAUCUGACGUUUGGUCUGCGCAUGCUCUCCUACAGUUUCUUUGCUCGGACAUUCGAGGCGAUGGUGACCAUCAUAGCUGGUGACCUCAACUAUGAAGAAAUCUCUACUACUACUGGAAAUCUGGGAACUUUCAUUCUGUUUCUGUUUGUUUUCGUCUUCAAUAUCUGCUUGAUUGGUUUCUUUGUGGCUAUCAUUGACGAGUCUUAUCAUAGUGCAAAGGAAGAUGAAGGGUUAGAGAAAACUGACUACGACCUAAAAGGGUUUUUCAAAUAUCAACUACAAAACAUAAAGCCAAAGAAAAAGGCAAAAGAGCCCAGUAAUGAAAAUACAGACAUAAUGGGGCCUGGGUAUGCAGAGCUGAAAGUGAAUGUAAUGAAGAGGUUAAGGACAGUCUUUGAAGACUUAGAUGAGUCAUGAAAUGACAGCUUUGCUCUGAACAAAGAAUGGUUCACCGCCAUUACUAUAUAUUUCUGUUUUUUUGCGGCACUGUAGACCUAGUUUGGUCCUAUGGUAGUCAUUAUAGACAUUGCCACACAACAUUUUAUUGAUUGAAGAUCUUUCUAGAGUUAGUGCAUGAAGAACAUCAAAUGGUAGCAAAGUUGUAACGCACAAACGGGGCUUUAUGGUACUUAGUGAACUGCCUAAUGGCACAUUAGGUUUCCUACAAAGAAGACAAGCUACGGAUAGACUCUUUUUGAUAAGUGUGGUGGGAUAAUAAUUCGUGACUCUCCACAAACACGGGAACUCAGUUUAACGUCAUGUUUGAUGGACUACAAUAACUAAAGCUUGGUACUAAUUUUCGUGCAUGUCCGGGGACUUAAACCUAAAAUCUGUGGCCUUCAAAAUAAAGAAGCUGAUAUAUUUUAAUUUCUUUCCUAAUAAGCCUGCAUAAUUGUACGAUAGGAGUUAACAUCACAGUUAUGUUGUGCAGUCCGACCUCACGGGGGCAAGUACGUAAAAUGAAAUAUUGCGAGCUGUUCCGAGAUUCUAAAGUACUUUUAAUGGUUUUGAGGUGUGGGAUGUCAAUGCAAUUAUUGGCCACGGAUGAAAGAAAAUUGAACCAUUUCUGGCACCUUACGUUAUGAAUUACCACAAGCAGAUUAAACUAUAUCUUUAAUAUUACAACUGUCAUAAUGCAAGAAUAUUGCAUUGAUAUGAAAACCCUUUAUGAUAUUGACACGUUAUAAUUUUUGUCAUGUUAGAUAUCCACUUGUGUUAGGCGUAUUUAGUCAGUAAGAGUCAGUAAGUAUGUUUUACUAUGUUUUAGACUGUAGUACACCAUUAGAUACAUAUUAUUCUUAUCAAUA